AGUUACAAAUGUUGUUCAGACGGAAAGCAUUACUACGAAAAAGUAAAGAAAUAUCUAAUGAUGUAAAUCAAGACAACGAAACCAUUGAUAACACUGAGACCACUAUAUGUGUUACAAAUGAUACAAAUAUUGAGCUAAUCGUCGAAAACAAUGACACAAAUGAUGGUAGACUUCUGGGACAGAUCGCUGUCAAUGAAAUUGAAACCCAUUUCCCAGAAGACAAUGGAUUAAAUGAAUUGAACCAAACAGUGACUGAAACAUCACUGGAAAUGCUAUUCAAACCAGUCUUUACCCACAUUCAAGACAUGAAUAAUUUCAAUGAACUCGAGUUCAGACGACUGUCGGAGCUGUUCCGCGCCUCC